UUAUAUAUUUUAUUUUUAAAAUAAUUUUACUUUGAAGUAAAGGAUAAAGCAAUUAUUUGGGACAUGAAUUUUCUAAAUGUGGUCAAAAUUUUCCAUGCAUCAAUUCCAUGAUGCGCCCACAAACACGUAAAAUGUGAACGCCCUUAUCCAAAUUGGAAAAUUUCAGUGCGUUGAUUGUAUAGAUAUCAAAUUAACCAUCAUUUGCCACGUGUUUCCAUUUAUCUAUAAUUUAGUCGUUUGGUUAUGAUAAUGCAACGUGGCAGUCUGAUUAUGAUAAGUAAGUAGUAUCGGUCGCAGCAAAUUCUUUUAUUGUACACAUAAUUGUUAUGCUGCUUUUUAGAAAUAGUGAAUGCAUGAUCAGACAAUUGUUUUUUAUUUUUAUUUUUAUUUUUUUUUAGCUAUAUAUUGUUGUGUUUGAUUUCUCUAUUUUUAUACAAUUAAAUCUCUAAUUCUCUUUAGUGUCGUUUCUUUGAAAUGGGAGAUAAUACCUUGAGGCAACAAAUUGCCAACAUGAGGCAAUCUCUUUUCGAUGAGGGAAUUGUAGAUUCAUUCUUUGUUCGACUGGAGCGACUUCAAAGCCCUAAUAAUCCAUACUUCAUAGAGAAUAUUAUUAGCAAAUCCUGUGCAAGUUCAACAGUCAAUAUAAAUAAUAUAGAGCAACAUCUCAAUAACGAUCCUGUUAGUUUCAUAGAAGUUGAAAGGUUGAUCAUCAAGCUAAUGGGAAGCUUGAGCAUUGUAGGAGUUCAAAAGGUUAAGGAGAAAGUGAAUGAGAUGCUUAUCAAUUGCCGUGAAAAUAAUAUAGAAGGUUGCAAGGCCACCCUGGAAGAGUUAAAGCUGGAGUUUGGCAGCGUCAAGGAAAAGUUGGAGCCUUAUGUUGGGGUGCAAAUGCAAGAAGCAGUUUAUUUGUUUUUCUUUUUUAUUUUAAUUGAAGAUGUUUUGAUUCUUUUUUGUUUUUUUUUUUAGCUGUUGAGGCUAGCUCGUCCGUGUAAUGGCGUAGGGCCUUCACAAUGAAAUUAUGGGCGGAAGUGAAAGAGUGAGGAGUUGGUGAUUCUAGUUAUGUUGAUGUUUUCAAAAAUUCAGUAUGUUAUUGAAAAUAAUAAAAAAAAUUAUGUAAUUGUAAGAAUUGGUAGAAUUUAUAAUUUAUUUUAAGAAAAUAUAUUUAUGUGCCCGUUAAAAUGUGUAAAGCCAACGCAUGUCCCAUGUAAAAAGUUUUUUUUAUCAUGGAAUUCCCAAGUAAACAAAAAGUGAAAGAGAUACAAGUCUAAAGCCCAAAGUUCAAACCCACACUCGGCAGACCCAUUCAACCCAAACCCACAAAUUUACUUUGAGCCCACGUAUCAUGCAAAAAAGAAUAACUCAGAAGCUAAGCCAUUGAUCAAUGGUCACCACCCACUGC